AUGGCCGACGCAGAAGCAAACGCGGCUGUAAUUGCUUUCACCACUACCGCCGCUACAACUCUUGCCGCUGUCAGAAUGAAAAUUUCUCCUCUUAUGCCUACCGACCCAAAGCUCAACGGACUAAUUCGACUAUGUCAUCACUCGCCCUUAAGCCCGGAAUUCGCAAUGGAGGUGAGAGACCAUUUUCUGAAGCUGCCUACUGAGAAUCCUUACGACGUUCUGAAGGCCAAACUCAUCAAACUUGCUACUGCGUCAGAGCAACGGAAACUUCAGCAGCUAAUCAGCGGGAAAGAACUUGGCAAUCGAAAACCUACGCAGCUACUUCGCCGCCUGCAACAACUGCUACGUAACAAACUCGGAAAAACCGGAUGA